AUGGAGGUGAAGCGGCUGAAAGUGACCGAGCUGCGGUCGGAGCUGCAGCGGCGCGGCCUGGACUCGCGCGGCCUCAAGGUGGAUCUGGCGCAGCGGCUGCAGGAGGCGCUGGACGCCGAGAUGCUCGAGGACGAGGCCGGCGGUGGCGGGGCCGGGCCCGGCGGGGCCUGCAAGGCGGAGCCUCGGCCUGUGGCCGCGUCGGGCGGCGGCCCGGGCGGGGACGAGGAGGAGGACGAAGAGGAGGAGGAGGAGGACGAGGAGGCGCUGCUUGAGGACGAAGACGAAGAGCCCCCCCCUGCCCAGGCCUCGGGCCAGGCCGCACAGCCGCCGCCGGAGCCCCCGGAGGCGGCAGCCGUGGAGGCCGCGGCCGAGCCCGAUGCUUCCGAGAAACCGGCGGAGGAGGCCACAGCCGAGUCAGGUGGGGUGAACGGUGGCGAAGAGCAGGGCACCGGCAAGGGGGAGGAAGAUGAGCCGGAGGAUCGGAGCGGAGACGAGACGCCGGGAUCCGAGGCGCCGGGUGACAAGGCCGCAGAGGAACAGGGAGAUGUUGACCACGAUAGUGAAAAGUCAAAACCGGCAGGCUCAGAUGGUGAGCGGCGGGGGGUAAAGAGACAGCGGGAUGAGAAGGAUGAACAUGGCCGAGCUUACUAUGAAUUCCGAGAGGAGGCUUACCACAGCCGUUCAAAGUCUCCACCACCCCCGGAAGAAGAGGCAAAAGAUGAGGAAGAGGAUCAGACUCUUGUGAACCUGGACACGUAUACCUCGGAUCUCCAUUUUCAAGUGAGCAAAGACCGCUAUGGAGGGCAGCCGCUUUUCUCAGAGAAGUUCCCCACCCUUUGGUCUGGGGCAAGAAGUACUUAUGGAGUGACAAAGGGGAAAGUCUGCUUUGAGGCCAAGGUAACCCAGAAUCUCCCAAUGAAAGAAGGCUGCACAGAGGUUUCUCUCCUUCGAGUUGGAUGGUCUGUUGAUUUUUCCCAUCCACAGCUUGGUGAGGAUGAAUUCUCUUAUGGUUUCGAUGGACGAGGACUCAAGGCAGAGAAUGGGCAGUUUGAAGAAUUUGGCCAGACUUUUGGGGAGAGUGAUGUCAUUGGCUGCUUUGCUAAUUUUGAGGCUGAAGAAGUAGAACUUUCCUUUUCCAAGAAUGGAGAAGACCUUGGCGUGGCGUUCCGUAUCAACAAGGAAUCCCUGGCUGACCGGGCCCUCCUACCCCAUGUCCUCUGCAAAAAUUGUGUUGUAGAAUUAAAUUUUGGUCAGAAGGAGGAGCCCUUCUUCCCACCGCCAGAAGAGUUUGUGUUCAUCCAUGCCGUGCCUGUGGAGGAGCGCGUGCGCACUGCGGUCCCUCCCAAGACCAUAGAGGAGUGUGAGGUGAUUCUGAUGGUGGGACUGCCUGGAUCUGGAAAGACCCAGUGGGCACUGAAAUAUGCAAAAGAAAACCCUGAGAAAAGAUACAAUGUCCUGGGAGCUGAGACUGUGCUCAAUCAAAUGAGGAUGAAGGGGCUCGAGGAGCCACAGAUGGACCCCAAAAGCCGAGACCUUUUAGUUCAGCAAGCCUCCCAGUGCCUUAGUAAGCUGGUCCAGAUUGCUUCCCGGACAAAGAGGAACUUCAUUCUUGAUCAGUGUAACGUGUACAACUCUGGCCAACGGCGGAAGCUAUUGCUGUUUAAGACUUUCUCUCGGAAAGUGGUGGUGGUCGUCCCUAAUGAGGAGGACUGGAAGAAGAGGCUGGAGCUGAGGAAGGAAGUGGAGGGAGAUGAUGUGCCUGAGUCUAUAAUGCUGGAGAUGAAAGCCAACUUCUCUCUGCCUGAAAAAUGCGACUAUAUGGAUGAGGUGACAUACGGGGAGCUGGAGAAGGAGGAAGCUCAGCCCAUUGUCACUAAGUACAGGGAGGAGGCAAGGAAGCUGCUGCCGCCCUCCGAGAAGCGGACAAACCGCCGAAACAAUCGAAACAAGCGAAACCGGCAGAACCGAAGCAGAGGCCAAGGCUACGUGGGCGGGCAGCGCCGAGGCUACGACAACCGGGCCUACGGGCAGCAGUACUGGGGGCAGUCUGGAAACAGAGGGGGUUACCGUAAUUUCUACGAUCGAUACAGGGGAGACUACGAUCGGUUCUAUGGGCGAGAUUAUGAGUACAACAGAUACAGAGACUAUUACAGACAAUACAGUCGGGAUUGGCAGAAUUACUACUACCACCAUCCCCAGGACAGAGACCGAUACUACAGGAACUACUACGGUUACCAAGGGUAUCGGUGA